AAAGCUGCUGCUGGUAUUUUCCAAACGUCAAGCGCGUGAUGGAUGGCUGUUGAGUUGAUGUCGAUGGAGAGAGUGAAACGUUGCAGAUCUUGCCUAUUAAGAUGCAGAGUGGAUAAUAGCGACUAACGGUGUGGCCGGCGACAUUUUUCAACCCCGUCUUGGAAGCGAUGAACCUGCGUCUGGUUCAGACAGACUGAGGGCAUUGUGCAGGUAGUGAAUAUUAACAAAUGGAGAACUAUUUCCAGGCUGAGGCAUUUAACCUGGACAAAGUGUUGGAUGAAUUUGAGCAGAAUCAAGAUGAGACUGAGUCACCAAGUGUUUUUGAAGCAAAAUGGAGUCAGAUUUUGGAUCCACCCUCUCACCUGCUGUCACUAAAUCCAGCCUUAUCUAAUGUGAAUAUGGCAGCAUUAUCCAGUGAGGUGCAAGCCAGACUAAAAUGCCACUCUUCAUCUAAAUCUGAAAUUGGACUGUGUGGAAGAGGGGAUCAUUGUCAUAAUGGAAAUAAUACCACAGGAAAUCUCGUGCUUGAUAUACCUCGAACUAAUGCAGAAGGAGUCCCUGAGAGGAACAAAAAUAAAUGCGAGCAUUGGUCAAAUUCUUCUGAAUCAUCAGUGAAGCCUCCUUGUGAAAAUGAACUAUACUUUUCUGAAGACAUGAAUUCUUCGAGUGUAUUUGGGUUAAUUGUGCAAAAUUCUGACAGCCAGCUAUCUCAGUGUGGUGUACUAUUGCAGGAAGACAGCUCAAACAAUCAAAAUUUGUUGAAUGUCAGCAGCUUUGUAGUAGAAAACGCAAACCUGCAAAGUGGCCAAUUGUCAUCAGACAUGAAUGGUCAAACUGAGAAGACUGUUAGUCUGAAAAUUAUUGAACAGUUGAACACAAACUGUACAGAUGAGAUGUGUGUGAAAUCUUCAUUUGAAAGUUUAAGGAACUGUGCCGAUUUGGAAAAUGUAUCUCCUAAUUCAAAGGAGUCUUGGAUGGUAAAUGAUUUAUCAGUUAAAAUUUGUGAACGGGAUGUAACAUCUGGGUUGGAUGGUGAUACUGGAAUAAAUGAAGUAAGUGAUUCCUUUUCCAGAAAUACUGCAAAAAAUGACACUGCUGUAGAAUUUGAAGAAAGGUCAGUAAUGCAUGUUGAAAAUAAUAUAGUGGUGAGAACUGAAGAUGAUGUGGAUGGAGACUUGCCUGAAAUCACUAAUACACAGAUAUUGGAUGACCUGGAUAAUUUUACUGGGCUAAAAAUAAACUCUGAGAAAACACAACCUCAACGACAUGAUAUCUGUACUGUAAAUAGCAACCCAAAUCUGACGUCAGAACAAUAUAAUUUGUCAAAUAGUGGUAAUUAUGGAGAUGAUGGUCACCAUUUUGAGAGCGGUGUCAGUAGUAUGAGUGAAAGUAUUUGUCAAAAAACCAGAGAAAGCAAUGACAAUCUGUUCAUGCAGGGAUGUACUACUGACCUGUCUUAUGCAAGUAAACUAUCAUCUUGCUCUGAAGUAAUAUUUAACCAGGUAAUUCAGCAUGUGAGACAAAGCAAUCAUCAAGCACUGGAAGACAAUGCAUUAGUACAAAAUGGGGUUAUGAAGGAAGCCUUUGGAAAUAAUGAUGAGAUUGUUUUAGUUCUAACAGAGCCAUUAGCGGACACCGUGGUUCCGAGUGGUGAUUGGUUAGAAGGUUCAACUACUGUGUGUGCUGAUAUGAAGGAACAGGUUUCAACACCUUACUGUUUAUGUGAUGGAUUAGACUCUAGAUCCACCCCAGCUUCAGCCACAGCUUGUGUUUCUAAACCUUUGCCUUUAAAGGAGGAUUCUGUUACUGAGGAGAAGGAGAUUGAGGAGAGCAAGUCAGAAUGUUACAACUACAUCCAACACCGGGAAAGUGAUGCAAUGGAAACAGGAUUGAUGAAUGGUUUAACCACAUUAAGUAUUUCUACUGAUAUUGCUGAUCAAUUAAAAGACAACUAUUUUAACACUCCCGCCCAGUCUGCUGCAAUAACUUGUGUACGAGAGAAUGCGGCAAAACUAGCUCUGAAUAACGGACAGCUAGUUAGUAUUCCGUUUGGAGGUGCUCGACCCAAACAACCUUUGAACCUCAAAUUACAGAUCCCAAAACCUUUGACUAACCAAUUAUUGAAUGACUUGGGAUCCGCCAACCCGGACAACAAUACAAAGAACAAAAAUGUAGGUUUUGCUGAUAAAGCUGAGCCCCUGGAAGAUUCCCUCUUGUGUGCUUUGAAUGGUAGUGCUUUAGUACCAGAUUGCAGCGUUAACAGUGAUGAUUUAGGUGUGUUUUAUGUUGGGGCUUCUAAAGAUAUCAAGUCUGAUCAUACUUCUGGAUCUGAAAGUCCAGAUAAUGACCUAGGAGCUGGACAAUUUCCAGGAGCUCUCAGGAAGCCAUUUCCAUCUCUAGGUGAUGUUGCUCCAGUAUGGGUGCCAGAUUCCCAAGCACCAAACUGCAUGAAAUGUGAGCAGAAGUUUACAUUUACAAAGAGGCGACAUCACUGCAGAGCUUGUGGAAAGGUUUUUUGUGCAGCAUGUUGCAGUCUGAAAUGCAAACUAAAUUAUAUGGACAUGAAAGAGGCUCGAGUUUGUGUAACUUGCCAUACUGUCCUUACUAGUUCUCAAGCCUGGGAGAAUACGUUUAGUGCCUCGGCUUCAAGCCCAAAUCCCAACAAUCCUGCUGAAUAUUGUUCUACUAUUCCACCACUGCAGCAAGCUCAGGCCUCAGGGGCACUGAGCUCUCCACCACCCACUGUCAUGGUGCCUGUGGGUGUUCUGAAACACCCAGGCACAGAAGUGACUCAGCCAAAGGAGCAGCGGCGUGUUUGGUUUGCUGAUGGAAUUUUGCCUAAUGGGGAAGUUGCAGAUGCAACAAAACUGUCAGCAAGUGGACCACCACCAACUGGACCCUUGGCCGUAUCGCAUGAUCGUGGAAAAGAAGCUGUAACCAAAUCUACAGCUUCUGAGAAUGUCACUGCAUCAGCAACAGGUAGUACAGCUCAGAUUGGCAGUCCUGUUGGAAGUUCAAUUAAUUUGGUACCAGAAGAUGGCCUCCCACCUAUUCUUAUCUCCACAGGUGUCAAAGGAGAUUAUGCAGUAGAGGAACAGCCCUCUCAGCUCUCUCUAAUGCUACAGUUGGAAGAAGGAGGCCCUGACCCUCUAGUUUUUGUAUUAAAUGCUAACUUGCUUGUUAUGGUCAAACUGGUCAACUAUGUAAACAGGAAGUGUUGGUCCUUCACCACCAAGGGAAUGCAUGCUGUCGGACAGGCAGAGAUCAUCAUCCUCUUGCAAUGUUUACCUGAUGAGAAAUGCAUCCCGAAGGACAUCUUCAGUCAUUGCAUACAGCUUUAUCAGGAUGCUCUGGCAGGCAAUGUUGUGGGAGACUUGGGUCAUUCCUUCUUUACCCAGAGUUUUCUUGGCAGUAGAGAACAUGGUGGAUUUUUGUAUGUUACUGCCACUUUUCAGUCAAUGCAAGAUCUGGUACUUCCAAACCCACCUUACCUGUUUGGCAUUCUAAUUCAGAAAUGGGAAACUCCUUGGGCUAAAGUUUUCCCCAUCCGUCUUAUGCUACGUCUUGGAGCAGAAUAUAGAUAUUAUCCAUGUCCGUUGUUCAGUGUGCGUUUUCGUAAACCUCUGUUUGGAGAGACUGGACAUACAAUUAUGAACCUACUUGCAGAUUUUAGGAAUUACCAGUACAAGUUACCUGUUGUGCAAGGACUUGUUGUGAACAUGGAAGUAAGGAAAACUUGUAUCAACAUACCCAGCAAUCGAUACAAUGAGAUGAUGAAAGCCAUGAACAAAUCCAAUGAGCAUGUGUUAGCAUUCGGAGCUUGUUUCAACGAGAAGGCAGAUUCACACUUAGUAUGUGUUCAGAAUGAUGAUGGGAACUACCAAACACAGGCCAUCAGUAUCCACAACCAGCCCAGAAAGGUAACGGGAGCCAGUUUUUUUGUGUUCAGUGGUGCUCUGAAAUCGUCUUCUGGCUACUUGGCCAAAUCUAGCAUUGUAGAAGAUGGUAUGAUGGUACAGAUCUCAGCUGAAACAAUGGAUUCUCUGCGACAGGCACUGCGAGAGAUGAAAGAUUUUACCAUAACUUGUGGCAAAAUUGAUGCAGAAGAACCACAGGAACAUGUUGACAUACAGUGGACAGAAGAUGACAAAAAUAUCAAUAAAGGUGUUGUCAGUCCAAUUGAUGGAAAAUCCAUGGAUGAAAUUGCAAGUGUGAAGAUAUUUCAUGGGUCAGAAUUCAAAACAAAUGGCAAAGUCAUUAGAUGGACAGAGGUGUUCUUCCUGCAGAGUGAGGACCAGCCCAGUAGUCUCAGUGACCCAGCUGAUCAUAGCAAACUUACAGAGAAUGUAGCUAAGGCAUUUUGCUUGGCACUCUGCCCUCAUCUUAAGCUGUUGAAAGAGGAUGGAAAGGCAAAACUGGGUCUGCGUGUCACACUUGAUUCAGACCAGGUUGGCUAUCAAGCUGGUAGUAAUGGACAGCCCCUUCCUUCACAGUAUAUGAAUGAUCUGGACAAUGCUUUGGUCCCAGUAAUCCAUGGUGGAGCUUGUCAGCUGAGCGAAGGGUCAGUUGUGAUGGAGCUCAUCUUUUAUAUUUUGGAGAGCUUCUCUUAGAACACGAAACACAUUUUUCUUCUCACUGAUGGUAUACUUUUCUCCAUGAUUAAAGACAUUUGCACUUUAAAAUUAAACUGGUGCUCCAUUAUUGCUGAAUCUACUAUGCACCAUGGAUCAUUGUGAUUAAUGUAAUGUAGGACAGGGUACUUUUCAUUGUUCUAAAACAUAUGGACCUGAUCUGUUGUUGGACUGAUACUGUACUGAAGCAUGAAAAUUGGAAUUUCUGCUACUCGUUUACAUUGCCUGGAUUGACAGUAUAUCUAUGUAUCAUUCUUGAGGAUUAUAAGAAUGGUUUGCAAGUUGAAGUAAACUGAGAACAUAUCAGUGGUUACCGCGACACUACAUCACAUAAGGACAGUGAGAUGCAUUGGUGACACCAAUACUCACUGACCUCUCUCAGUAUUUUCCUUACAUGAUCAGUUAAUCUAUCUGGUUUGUAUAUAAUGUACUUAUGUAUGUCUAAGUUUUGAAGCACUUAACUUAUGCCUUGUAUGCCACAUAAUAAGAAUAUUGUGGUAAUCUCUAGCCAUGAAAUAAAAGUAAUGUAUAGUCUAAA